CCGAAACAGAUUGAUGAUAUUAAAUAUUUUCUCGAAAUCGCCCGCAGAAAGGAUGCAAAAUGUAAAUAUUCUAAAAAGAAGAAUGGUCCAUCAAAAGUAAAAUUUAAGCUUAGAUGCUCUAAGUAUCUUUAUACUUUUGUUAUCGAAGAUGCAGAAAAGGCGGAGAAACUUCAAAAAUCUCUUCCUCCAGGUUAA